CUUCGACCGAACAUUGACACCAACAAAACUCAUUGCCACCGUUCGCUUCACUUCUUUCUCCUUUCUGUUCUUUACUUGGUAUAUUUUUGGAUCUGCUUUGUUUUUCUUCUUUACAAGCCUAAUUUCUAUUUCUUUGGGUCCUUCAGAUUGAACAGGGAGCAAGCACUCGAAGGGUUCCCAUUGAUUGAUUGAUUUCUGCUGAUCUCUUUUGGGGUGCUUCUAUGGCUUUUGCGGCACCCAAUAUUCCAUCUGCUGAACAACAACCAGAUGACCCUUUGUAUCGUGAACUAUGGCAUGCCUGUGCUGGACCUCUUGUCACGCUUCCUCGUGUGGGGGAGCGUGUUUAUUACUUCCCACAAGGUCACAUGGAACAACUUGAGGCAUCAAUGCAUCAGGGGUCAGAACACCAAAUGCCUUCAUUCGAUCUGCCAUCUAAAAUACUUUGCAAAGUGGCUUCUGUUCAACGUAAGGCUGAACCUGAUACAGAUGAAGUUUAUGCCCAAGUAACUCUUGUACCUGAAGUAGAUCAAAGUGAGGUUAUGAGCCCAGAUGACCCGCUUCCAGAACCUGAAAGAUGCAUAGUCCAUUCAUUUUGCAAAACUCUCACAGCUUCUGACACAAGCACCCAUGGUGGAUUCUCAGUUUUGCGCCGGCAUGCAGAUGAUUGUCUUCCCCCACUGGACAUGACACAGCAGCCGCCAUUGCAGGAACUGAUUGCAACUGAUCUGCAUGGAAAUGAGUGGCAUUUUCGGCAUAUCUUUCGAGGGCAACCUAGGCGCCACUUACUCACUACUGGGUGGAGUGUCUUUGUUAGUUCCAAAAAGUUGGUAGCUGGUGAUGCUUUUAUAUUCAUGAGGGGCGCUAAUGGGGAGCUGCGUGUUGGAGUGAGGAGGCUUAUGAGACAACAGUCAAAUAUGCCAUCUUCUGUUAUAUCUAGUCACAGCAUGCAUCUCGGAGUGCUUGCCACUGCAUCUCAUGCGCUUUCUACCCGGAGUAUGUUUUCUGUCUUCUACAAGCCCAGAACAAGUUUGUCCGAGUUCAUAGUGAGUGUAAACAAGUAUCUUGAAGCUCGAAGCCAUAAGUUAUCAGUUGGUAUGAGGUUCAAAAUGAGAUUUGAGGGUGAAGAGGUACCUGAAAGAAGAUUCAGUGGCACAAUUGUUGGUGUUGGGGAUAACAAAUCAUCUGCAUGGGCUGAUUCCGAGUGGAGAUCUCUCAAGGUUCAAUGGGAUGAAUCUUCAUCAAUCGUACGUCCUGAUAGGGUGUCCCCAUGGGAAUUGGAGCCUCUUGUUGCAACUAGUAACUCUUCUAACUCGCAACCUGCACAAAGGAACAAGCGAACUCGACCACCCGUUCUACCUUCACCAUCUUCAGAUCUUUCCUCACUGGCAGGUAUAUGGAAAUCUCCAGGUGAAUCUCCUUUCUCAUACUGCGAUGCACAGCGUGGACACCCAUCACCUAAAUUAACCUCUUCCGCCAAGCCUAACUCUGUUGGCUUUAGUGGGAAUAGCUCCCUGGCUGCAGUUUCUAGCAGCUCAAUGUAUUGGCCUAACCGAGUUGAGAAUGUUACGGAAUCUAUUGCACCAGUUGUGAACAAAGAAUCCAGUGAACGAAAGCAGGGAACCGGGAAUGGCUGUAGGCUUUUUGGUAUUCAGUUACUUGACAACGUGAACACGGAAGAAAUUUCAACUGUUGCUACAGUUUCUGGGACUUUGGGAGAUGACCAGACAGUUCAUUCUCUAGUUGCUAACUCUGACCAGCAGUCUGAUCCGACAAAUCCUAAUCGGUCUGAUCUUCAUUCUAUAAGUUGUGAACCUGAGAAGUGCCUGAGAUCUCCUCAGGAGUCACAAAGCAAGCAAAUUCGAAGCUGCACAAAGGUUCAUAUGCAAGGUAUGGCUGUCGGAAGGGCUGUCGAUUUGACAAGAUUUGACUGUUAUGAGGAUUUGCUAAGGAAGCUGGAGGAUAUGUUUGACAUUAAAGGUCAGCUCUGUGGAUCUGCGAAGAAUUGGCAGGUUGUCUACACGGAUGACGAAGAUGACAUGAUGAUGGUUGGGGAUGAUCCGUGGAAUGAGUUUUGCAGCAUGGUGAGGAAAAUUUUUAUUUACACAUCAGAGGAAGUCCGAAAGCUAUCACCCAAGGCAAAACUUCCAGUGAACGAUGAUGGAAAUGCAGGCAACGCCAGUGUUGAUACUGUUGUCAACCCCGAAGACCGUUCAUCGAUUGUUGGUCACGGAUGCUAAGGUAAACAUGGCCCUUUUUUGCACUGCAGGAACAUAGUGGUUCCAUAGAAGAGUUUGAGAAGGAAGAUGGUGCUCAAGAUCUUGUUAUAUAUGCAUUACCUUGAUGAUAUAUCACUACUGAUUAUUGAUUUGGAUUUUAAAUAGCCUAGAAACGUCAUUUUUUUUGCUUUAUUCUUUUCUUGUGUUGAUUUAUUUUUCUUACAUAAUAUAUAUCCUUUGUAUAUAGAUAUA